AUGAAGUUGUUUAUUCUAGCCGUUGCUUUGUACAUCAGUUUUGUCUUAUCGCAAGAAUAUAAUGAAGAAUCACUACGCCACAAACGCAAUUAUUUAACAAGUCGGCAAAACUCUUGCUACAAUGAAACUGGAUUUGAUAAAGAAAAGCUUACACAAUUACGACUUACACGUUCAUACCCAUUGGACAUCAGUUAUUUUUGUUUCGUGGGCUGCGCUACGACCCAGUCUAAAGGUCUGUCCCUAUCGGCAAGAGUCAUGAACACAACUGUUCUUAUGGACUCUUUCACUCGAACACUCCCAAUUGAGACAGCAAAUAAUAUCAUUGACAAGUGCAAAGAUAUAGAUACAAACGGUCUGUGUACUGCUGGAAAGAGGAUUCAUGAGUGCUUUGCAAAACAAGGAUUCAUUAUCGCAGAUUGGAUUGGAUACCUAUAG